CUGUUUUAACGUUUUAUUUUAGGAAACAAAACCAUGGAUUAAUUUUUUUCUUCUCAUAAAACUGUGUUUGCGUUUUAAUUUAUGCAAAUAUUUGUUUUGCAUUGAAAUAAACACGUUUUGGAGAAGGUGUCUGUCGUUGAGUUUGGUUUUCAACACGAUCGUCGUCCCUCAAGUCGUGAACGGGGAAAUCAGAGCGAAGCGGAACCAAUGUAACGAAACGUCGGAAGACGUUUGAGGUGGCACUCGUCAAGCUCAGAAGCUAGGUCAUUAGCAAUCAGUUGGUUAAAAGUCAAAUUUACAGACUGCGCUUUUAUAACAAUACGACUGUCUCCGACCUUUUCGUCUGAUUGAGUGCUUAAUAGACCGGAGUGAACAUGUCUGUAACCUCGUUUCAUUGCCAAUGCAUGUGACUGGCCUGAUAAAGACUCGUGCUAACGUUAGCUUGUCAGUCCUCCCGGUUGUUUACUGCCGCUGCUGCGGCUCCGCACCCGACGGGACACGCGCUGCAGGCUCCGGUCACUGAAGGAGGUUAACGCGAUUACGAGAUGUUCCUGGUGGGGCUGACUGGAGGCAUCGCCUCAGGGAAAAGCGCAGUCUCUUCAAUGCUGCGGGAGCUUGGGUGCCCCAUUAUCGAUGCAGACGUCGUGGCCAGGAGAGUUGUGGAGCCGCACACUCCUGCCUAUUCUCGCAUCGUCAACCACUUUGGACCGGAGAUCCUUCUGGAGAACGGAGAGAUCGACAGGCAGAAGCUGGGUGAACUCAUCUUCGCCAGCGAGGAAAAGAGGAAGCUGCUGAACUCCAUCACCCACCCAGAGAUCCACAAAGCAAUGCUCAAAGAGAUCCUGCUCUACUUUCUCAGAGGGUACCGCUACGUGGUGCUGGACGUGCCCCUUCUCUUUGAAGCCAGACGUCUCACUCAGUUUCUCAACCACACCGUCGUAGUUUACUGUGACCCCGCCACUCAGCUCUCGCGCCUGAUGCAGAGGGACGGCCUGACCCAGGAGCAGGCCGAGCAGCGCGUGGCCGCGCAGAUGCCGCUGAACGAAAAGCGCGGCAUGGCCAAUCACGUCAUCGAGAACUCCGGCGGCCGAGAGGACGCCCACCGGCAGGUCCUGAAACUGCACACGAAGCUGGAGGACUCCAUGGACUUCCUCGCGGUGAGGCUCAUCGCUAUCGCCGCCACGACCGGCCUGGGCGGGAUCCUGCUGUACGCAGCCAUGAUGCUUUUGUCCUAACGGCCGCGAUGAGGAGGAAAGAGUUCGGUCCGCGAUCCGGUGAGAGACGAGCGGGAGGUCCCGGUGCAAUUAACUGUGAGAUUAGUUUCCCAGCACCCACCACGACAGUUCAGUGGUGUGACAUGCUCUGUUUGCUUACAUUAUUGACACCAAAUGCACUGACAAGUGUGGUUUAGCGUGUAAUCUCACUUGAUUUUGGCAUUAAAAACACGAAGGUGAUACUUUUGAGUCUGGAUGCAGAUCUUUGAGUCUGCAUCCAGACCCCAGAAAGCAUUUUAUUACGGCGCAGCAGUCGACACAGAAAUAAAAUCAGUAAAAAAUGUUUUUAAAAAGUCAAAACUGAGAAUUGUAGAUGUUUUUUGUUGCACCUUUUAUACCCUGUGAAGGAGGAAGGAACAACUGUAGAUGUACAGAAGUCACUGGGGUUUCUGUACUUGUCAUUUGUUUGCAAUUUUCCACCUCAAUUUUAAGUACCAGAUGCCAGCGCUAUCUCCGGGGCCGAAUAUAUUUUUUAAAUUGGUUGCAAUUCUCAUCAUAGGAAAAAAAAAAACAUAAAAUGCCCAAUAUGAACGAUCCGAUGCCUACAGAACAUGUUAUGAUUGUAUGUUAAUAUCCUGUAAAAUGAAGAUGUAUGACAGAACUAUUUGACAAUCCAUUUUCAAUGGGAACAGUGAAUUUACAUGUACUAACAGAUAUAUAUGUAUAUAUAAUAUCACAGUUUUUUUCCACUUGAAGCUGCCCUCAGUAAACACUAAGUCUGUGAUUUAGUUGUUCUGUGCACACUCACUUGUAACUAAAACACAACAUUUGAAACACAAGCUGCUUAACUGAAAUAUAAAUGAUGCAAUAGUACUGUUUUAAAGUAUCAACGGUCUCGGUUUGUAAUUUUUUAAAACCUUAGUUUUAUUGCUGGAGGCCUUUCUGUCGAAACAUAUAUGAUGUGUAAACAUUAUAUAUCAUAUUUACUGUGCAGACUGAUGUUCCUGCAGUUUAACAUUGAGGCUGAUUUCAAAUGUAUCUGCUGAAGCUGGAGAACGUUUCUCUGUGUCACUUUAAAUCUGAAUUCAUUAAAUAUUUGUUCAAGCAA